AUGUCAUCUACAUAUGGUCUUACGCAUGAAGCACCCAUACUAUCAGGGCUUGGUGGCGCGACUGCCCAUCGGACGCCUGGUCUGCCACAGAACUUUGAAGCCGUGAACGCUGCAUUAAAGUUGAUGAACAUCUCAUUUCUCAAACACUCCAACCGUUUACUUUUCCUAUCUACUGGUUCCGAAAAGAAUUCAUGGGCGGUUGUGAACUCCGCAAAAACGCGGGUUAAAGCACUAGAAUCAAAACUAACAGGUGACGAAAGCUUCAAGACUUCUCUCUUGGAGGAACUUAGAUGUCUGUUGCUAGAUGCCACCGUAGUUUCGGAGAAUGACAGUUGCAACCUUUUGACAUCUCCCAUUCUCAUUUCCGAUUCGGACUUGUUUGUUGAAAGUGAAAAGGUCCAUGAUGUGCUCUCACUAUUCGGAUCGCCCCCGUCUGCUUGUCAACUAUUUAUUUCAGUUACCAGUCUUCGUUCUUUACUAUUGGAUACGUUACUCGAAUGUGUGGCGAUGGGUUCGGUAUAUUCAGAGCAAAUACUUCUUCAAUUUCUACAACCAGUUGGAGUUUCCUCGUUCUACUCAGCUAUAGGUGACAUUCAGUCCAUCCUUGACCGUCUGGUUGAGCUCUACAAACUACCACACAGCAGCGAGUUAAAGGCACAUAUUCUUAGUAUCAUUCCUCACAUCCUUUAUGCAUCCAGAAAUCAGGUCGAUAGUGAAUGUGCUUCGACGAUCCUAUCCACCACGGAGUAUUUUCUCCUGGAUGCCCUUGAUUCUCUGUCAUUUCAAACUGAAUCAGCUGGAGAUAUGUCUGGUCAAAAGAACUUACACAGCCUGCUAAGCUGUAUCGGCAAAUUACCGCUUGAAGAUGCCGCAGUCUCACGAUAUUUGGGUGUUUGUCAGUCCGUACUCACUCGUUGCAUUGGGCUGCCAUCUCAAUGCACCUACCUGAGUAUUCUGCUAAAGUCUGUAUUCAUGUGUAGCCUAACGGAAAAGUAUAAGGAAGAAAUCCUUAAAUCGUUCAUCACCCUCCUUCGAAGCCGUUUUAAUUUUCUGGACAAGGACGCUGGCAUACAAGAGAGUUUUUCAAGUGACCAACCGUCUGAAGUCUUGGAGACUUCCGCAAAGCGUUUAAUUGAAGACCUUAUUAUCCUAGCCGUUCUCUUUACGGCCUUUUCCUCGGCAAAUGGAGGAAAGAAACGGUUCCAAGAGCCUACAUCUGUCGCGGAAUUUCCUUCUUCCAAACGCAAGGAAGUCUCCUCGUUAAUUAAAUUUGUUGGCAUACUUAUGAGUAGUCAGGACAUCACCCGUGUUACAACCGACCUUCUCUCGAAGUAUGAAGCCGUCCUUACCAACAGUGUUGUCUUCCCCUCCCUUUUACGCUUCAUCGAUUGCAUCCUUGCCGCGUUCUGUCACUCCAAGCCGGCUAUCAAGUUCUUAGGUCGUUUCUGUUCCGCCAUAUUUGGUUCACCGCAGACCAAUGCCGAACAGUUACGUGAACUGGUUAGCCAGCUCUGCAAAAGUGCGAUGAGUUGUCGCGUUGCGUCAUUUGGCUUCAGAACAAAAGGAGUCCGGACAGAGAUCUUUGCUCUUAAUUUACUCAUCAGUCUCUCCACCCAGAACCCCGCGAGGAUGGCCCCACUUACAGAUCAUCUUUUCAGUUUGGUGGAGCACCUUUCUGACGGACUAUCUCCAACGCCUGCUGUUGCUUCCUCCUCCUCCGACGUCUUUACCAACCUUUUGCCCCCACCGAAGGAUAUUCGCAGAAUUUAUGCCAUCAGCUCCGCUGAACGCUACCUGCAGGACGACUUUCUGUUGCUUCUACGCAAGCAGCUUCUCAGUCGCUCCAUUGCUCUGAAGUAUGUUGGAAUACUGGGCUCGGUGACGUUCCUGGAAAUGCUUUGCUGUAAUCGUGGUUCAGCCACUGGGGACUCCCGCACUUCCCUGGGCGUCACCACUGAUUCAUCUUCGCCUGCGCGUCACUCCAGCAUGCAUUUUGAGUUUGAAUGUUCACAGAGUAGCUUACUCGCCAGCCAGAUUGUGCACCUCGGUUCCCAACUAACAGCGUCCCCGGCCCGCACCUCGCGCGCCAGUGAUGACAGUCGCAGCAAUCUCAGUCUCCGUGGCUCUGUUUCAUCAGAUCCACCC